AUGGCGGGUUCUGCAAUUUCGCUUCGAAACACUUUCGUCUUGGCUUCUAUGCGCACAGUUUCACCAACCAACUCUCUCAAACUUUCAUCACUCUCACCCCAAUUAGGGUUCCUGAAUUCUCAAUUAACUGGUCUCAGAAUCUCUUCUCAGACUUCACUGAAAACGCCUACACCUGUAGUUGCUUCUCCUUUUCAACCCAUUGUUGCCAAGAGAGUGUGUCCUUUCACCGGAAAAAAAUCAAACAAGGCCAACAAAGUAUCUUUCUCAAACCAUAAGACAAAGAGGUUGCAAUUUGUAAAUCUCCAGUACAAGAGAAUUUGGUGGGAAGCUGGAAAGCGCUUUUUAAAGCUUCGUUUGUCGACCAAGGCAUUGAAGACCAUAGAGAAGAAUGGACUUGAUGCAGUUGCGAAAAAGGCUGGAGUUGAUCUCAGUAAGAAAUAA